GCCUCCUCCCGCGAUUCGAAACGGAAACCCUCGCAUUCCCCCAUCUCCCCUCCUCUCUAGAAGCCUCUAGAAGUUCUACUCGGCUUCUGGUGCGAGCCAGCCCGGCGCCGUGGGCGGCGGAGGGCGCAGAGCGGCGUAGGGGCGUCGCUCGGAGGCGUCCGGCUCCAGCUCCACCGGUAAUUUCGGGCGCGCGGCCCCCAAAAAUCUCGAUUCGAAUCGCUGAACGCUGUCGCCAUUUCGGGGGGGUUUGCUGCGGCCUCGCUGAUUUCUGGUGGCAGUGGCCGCGCCGUUGCUGUCCGACAUGGAGCCCGGCGCCCCCCGGACCGGGAGCUACGUGUCCGCCGACGGCCUCAUCGCCGAGCUGCUCGACAUGGGCUUCGACUUCGACGAUAUCACCGCGGCGGUCGGCGCCGUCGGCCCGCGCCGGGCGGAGGUGCUCGAGGUCCUGCUGGUCGGGCCCAGCGCCGGCGCGGGGCAGGCGAGGCGAGGAGGGGGAGCGCCAAGCCGUCCCGCCUCGUUGGCAGCGCAGCCGCGGCCGGCUGGGAAGGGGACGAAAUUGAGUAAUCCUAGAGGAAGGCUGAGACAGCCCAGCAUUACCGAUCACAUUGCCUCAGCUGCUGGAAGAGGAAACGAGUCUGGUCGGGAAGCGAGCACUUCGUUUCCUUGUUCAGAGUCUCCUGUUGAUCACAGCGUGCCAGUGGGUGGUGAUAUUUGUUCCAAACUGGGACCUGAAUUGCAAUAUUUGGUUGAGGACUCGAGAGGAAAUUGCGACCAAAAGGAGAAAAUUAGUGCUGUGUUGCAAAAGCAUUUCGGAUUUUCCUCCCUAAAAGGCUUCCAAAUGGAAGUUUUGAAUGCUUGGUUCGCCAACAAGGAUUGUCUUGUUCUAGCAGCAACAGGAUCGGGAAAGUCCCUUUGUUUUCAGAUCCCAGCUCUACUAACGACAAAGAUUGUGGUGGUGAUCUCACCUUUAAUAAGUCUAAUGCACGAUCAGUGCCUGAAACUCGCAAAGCAUGGGAUAUCGGCAUGCUUCCUUGGAUCAGGGCAACCUGAUAGUCGCGUUGAGGGUAAAGCGAUGGCUGGCAUGUAUAAGAUUGUUUAUGUUUGUCCUGAGACAGUAUUAAGACUAAUGGAACCUUUGAAGAAACUUGCAGAAAAACCAGGGAUUGCACUUUUUGCCAUUGAUGAGGUUCAUUGUGUUUCUAAAUGGGGACACGAUUUUCGACCUGACUAUAGGAAAUUAUCUGUGCUGCGAGAAAAUUUCAAUUCCAGCAAAUUGAAGUUCUUGAAGCAUGAUAUUCCUUUGAUGGCAUUGACAGCUACUGCAACUAUUCCUGUACGAGAAGACAUUGUCAAGUCCUUAAAAAUGUCAGGAGAUACAACGAUUGUGUUGACUUCUUUUUUCCGGCCAAAUCUCCGGUUCAGUGUAAAGCACAGCAAAACGUCUGCCUCAUCAUAUGGAAAGGACUUCCAAGAACUGAUAGGGAUAUAUAAUGCUUCAAGGAAGUUUAAGGGGAAAGAGCAGCAAAUUCUUCAUGAAAUUGACCCUGACUCUGAGAGCAGUUCCUAUGACUCUCUGAAUGAUAGUGCAUCUGAUUAUGAAGAUGCAAAUAUUGGUUCUGCAAGCUGUGGGAAUAAGAAUGUUGGAAAAUCAAAAACUGGCAUGACUUUGGUAAAAGAAAACACCGAAAAUGAGUUGGAUCUGUAUCCAGGAACUGAUGAUUUUGAUGUUUCAUGCGGGGAGUUCCUUGAAGGCUUGCAACCUGAGAGCUCUGCGUUCCCUGCUCAUUCCAAUGAAACUAGCUUGUCAGGAUGUUUGGAUCAAGGUCCUACAAUUGUUUAUGUACCCACAAGAAAAGAAACUGUUGAACUAGCUAACUUCCUUUGCAAAUCUGGUCUCAGAGCUGCAGCAUAUAAUGCAAAGAUGCCUAAAUCUCAUUUGAGGAAAGUGCAUCAUCAGUUCCAUUGCAAUGACUUGGAGGUUGUGGUGGCUACCAUAGCAUUUGGCAUGGGAAUUGACAAAUCAAAUGUCAGAAGAAUUAUUCACUAUGGUUUCCCACAGAGUUUAGAAGCAUAUUACCAAGAAGCUGGCCGUGCUGGUAGAGAUGGAAAGCUGUCAGAUUGCACUCUAUAUUGUAAUUUUUUGAGAGCACCAACGCUCCUUCCUAAUAAAAGAAGUGAGGAACAGACAAAGGCUGCAUAUAGAAUGCUACGUGAUUGUUUUCACUAUUCUUUGAACACUUCAACAUGUAGAGCCAAAAUAUUAGUGAAGUACUUCGGAGAGGAAUUUGGUCCUCAUAGAUGUGACAUGUGUGAUGUCUGUAUUAAUGGCCCUCCUCAAAUGCAUGAUUUCAAGGAAGAAGCAGUUGUGUUCAUGGAUGUGCUCCGAGGCCGAAGUGGUGAUGAAACAGAAGAUAUGAUUUGCAGCAGUGUACCCCAUUACAGAUCUGGCCGGAGAAGGUUUGGGGAGGCGCCUAAUUUCAGAAUGGUUGUCAGUCAUAUACGGGAAAAGCUUCCUAGGUACACUGCAACUGACAAGAUCUGGUGGCAAGGCCUUUCUCGUAUAUUAGAAGGCAUGAGAUACAUACAGGAAGCAGCUGAAACCCCUCGCGUCUCAAUCCAGCACCCGGAGCUGACAGAAGAGGGGCUAAAGUUUCUGAACUCAGGAUCAGAGGAGCCUCUGCACGCACACCCGGACGCGGCAAUGCUACUGGCGAUGAACAAUCCAAGGCCGUUCUCUGAUGCCUCUGAAUGGGGCAGGGGCUGGGCCGAUCCCGAGAUCCGUCGGCAGCGCCUCGCCGGCAGGAAGACCGGGCGUAGGAAAAGGAUGCGACGCUCUGGGCAGGCUGGGCAGCAGCACCCGACGGGCUUCACCACCGCGAAGGAGAGGCUGGCUGCGAUACUCUCCAGGAAGCGGAGGCGGUGAUGCUGCAAGGUUGGUGAGGUGAGAGUGAGACCACGCGGUGAGGAAAUCAGUCGGUUAGGUUGGUGCUUGGUCAGUAGAGUAAGGCGCGGGAUCUACUCCCUCCGUUCCGAAUUACAAUAAAACAUCUCAAGUUUGAUCAAAUUUAUACAAUAAAUUACUUAACAUUCGUGAUAUCAAAUAAAUACUAUUAGUUCUUUUAAUAAAUAUAUUUUUAUAGUGUAUUUAUUCGGUGCCA